UAGACUUCUACUUUUACUAUAAGUAAAUAGAUAUUUAAAAACUGGUUAUUUUCACAUUAUCGUAGCAAACAAUGUCUACUUUUACAAACGUCAGCCUUUUGCAACUUAAUACUCUCUUACUAUAUAGCAUGAGUUAGAAUAUAGUCUAUUAGUUAUUGUAGAUGUUUAUUUAUAACCAUUCAUGGUUUUUAAAUUCUUCAUUUGAUUCAGUAAUCAAAUAAAUAGGCAAAAUGGUCAAAAGCAUUUGAUUACUUAUGCAUGUGUCACAGGCACUUUGAAAAUAGGACAUCUGCUUUAUUUUAUUGACUAGUUGUGAGUUGAAAGCCUUUGGCUCCAAAAUGCCACUAAAAAUUUCGUUCGCGGAUAGUGGCGAAGCGAACAGUUUAGACGAGGACGACGAAAAAUUCCGACAACGACUCAGUUCGAUUCCCGCCAUUUCCGAGAACCGACGACGCACAAUUUUGCAAGAAGUAGAUAUUCUAGAAGAGGAAGAAGACGAGGACGACAAUGACGACAUCGACGGCAACAACAACGCCACCGAGUCGUCGUCCAAUCAGCGUUCAGCUUCUUCCGAAUCGGCUAAUAAGUCCGGAGAUUCCAAUUCGGAUGACGAGCCAUCGCCAAGAGCUUCCAGUGAUCUAAAAGUAGAGAAACCCGAAGUCAAACCCGAAAUAGCAGCAGCUUUUAAACCACCUCAGAUAGUCCAGUAUUGGCAAAAUUUGCCCGAAGUUGUAGAAAGUGGCCUUCUGCAGAAACUGAGCAAAGAUCAAAUUAAGAUGAACGAGGCUGUUUAUGAGAUUUUUAAGGCCGUCCGAUCUUUCUACGUGAGUCUGUGUGUGAUAACCGAUGUCUUCAAGACGCCAUUCGAACAAAAGUUUGCCUCAUCUCACAAAUUCAUAUGCAAGAAUCUCUUCCUGAACAUCACCACAAUUACAGAGGUCACUGACCGGCUAAUAGGUCAACUGGAGGAGGUGCAAGGUGACAAUGUGCAGAUGGAGCCUGCAUGCAUCAAAGUAGUGGGGGAGUUUGCGGAUGAGCUGUUCGAGAAGCCCUUCACGUUCUACUGUUCGAAUAAGGAGUCACAGAACAAGGCGUUACAGGACAUCGAGUCGCACCCUCAACUGUCAUUGUUCCUGCGAGAACUUCAGAAGGAUCCCAAGUGUCAAAUGAUGCCUCUAAGCGCCUUCCUUCUCAAACCCAUGCAGAUGCUGACCAAAUGGCCGAUCCUACUUUAUGCUGUGAAGAAAUACGAGCAACAUUGCCCCCCGUUAUUACAUUUCACCCUCAAAAAAACAAUUACUAAGGUUGAAAACUUGGCCGCAAACUGUGAUAAGUUCCGGACCCAGUUAGCUCACCAAGACAAGCUAAUAACAAUCGAAACCCAAACAGAUUGGUCCAAAAAUUCCCACUACCCGCUGACCAGUAGGAAAAAAGAUGUCAUGAUAUUUCUGGACAAGUGCAACUUCAGAAUGUGGUCUAAACUGCUGCCAAACCAGAACAUUGGGAAAAGUCCGAUCAGAUUUUCAGUAAAAAAGAUAUGUGAUGUUCGUCUAAUUUGUUUCGACGAUGGAAGCCUGCUCUUACUAAGCCCAAUCAACGAAUCCAACAAAAAAUGCAAGCUCAAGUAUCGAUUCCUGAACUACGCCGCAAGAUGGCGACUCAUCACUGAUCAAAACCAGAUUUUUCAACACCUGGAAUCAGAAGUCCAGUCAAAUACGAAAGAUGAGUUAACGAAACUGUCCAGGACGAACAAUGUGGGCUUGGUGGUACUUGAGUCUCCCUACCGAAUUCAGCCCAAUAAGGUCGUGUUUCUCAGCAGCAAACAGUCCACCACUAACCAGAUUGAUGUGUUGUCAGAAUGUGUGGAGAAGCUGCCAGAAAAGCCUGCAGAACCAGAACCGGAUGCAAAUUGUAGUUUCUUGCUUGCUACCCAACUUCUCAAAUCACCCAACUCAAACGGAAGAGCCUCCCAAUUCAACCUAUCCGUCUCAAAAUCUGCACACACCUUUCAAUUAUUACGUGCAUCCAAUAACCCAAAAUCAACCAAACCUAAAAAACAAGGUUACUCAGCGCUUGGCAAUUUCCUGAAAUCUUUUAGAUCGGUUGACAAUUUAGCCAGUAAAAACGACAACAAAAUUGUAUCAAUUAGACAAGAAUUAAGCAAAACUCGUCAAAAUGAGGUUGUCAAAAUGUCUGAAGAUCGGCAAAUAGAGGAGGGGUCACUGUCCAUUAUUAAAGACACAUCAAUUGCGGUUCUGCGGAAAAGGUCAGAGCCACAAGCGUUACGUUUCCGAUCUCCCUCAACUAGCAGCGACAGUUCAAAUAAAUCUGCAACCAGCUCAUUUGAGAUUCGCGAGAACUUUUACACAUCCCCAGUUAAUGAUAACAAAAUUAGCACCAAAAUAGAGCCAAAGACUCUAAUAGUUAUCGAGAGCUAUGAAAAAAAAUACGGCGAUGAAAUCAGCGUGGAAAAAGACGAAGUUUUGCAAGUUUGCAAAGAGCCAACCAACGGAUGGAUUUUGGCAAGGAGGCAAAAAACUGGAAAAACCGGCUGGGUUCCUCCUGGAAUCACCAAAGAAUCUGAUGAAAAUGAAAUAUCCUAAUUUGUGGCCUGAAGAUUUGCACUGAAAGUUUCGUAAAUUUUUUACUAACUUGAUUUCACUACAUAUCAAUUGA